AUGCUUAUUUCUAUUUCAUACUUUUGUUUCCUUUUAGUACCACUACGUGCGAGUUCCAUUAAUAUUCAUCCGAACGCAACAUGGUCCAAGAAUGGUAUCACUGUUGCUGGAGGAAAUGGACAAGGCAGUGGAACUAAUCAACUCUUUUACCCAUUUGGUUUGUACGUCGACAAUGAUCUUACAGUUUAUAUUGCUGAUGCUGGAAAUAACCGUACUGUGGAAUGGAAAUCUGGUGCAACGAAUGGAAAAGUGGUUGCUGGUGGGAAUGGACGAGGAAAUGAAGUUCAUCAAUUAAAUCGUCCACAAGAUGUGAUUAUCGACAAAGAGAGCGAUAGUCUCAUCAUCAGUGAUUACGGGAAUAGAAGAGUUGUUCGAUGGCCUCGUCGAAAUGGUACUCGUGGAGAAAUAAUUAUUUCAAAUAUCUCUUGCAGAGGUUUAACAAUGGACAACAAGGGUUCUCUCUAUGUCGUUGGCCAUGAUAAACAUGAAGUGAGACGAUAUAAAAUUGGUGAUACUGAUGGAAUUGUGGUUGCAGGUGGCAAUGGAAACGAAAAUCGUCUCGAUCAACUCUCUUUCCCCUCCUACGUAUUUGUUGAUCGAGAUCAUUCAGUUUAUGUGUCUGAUCUUAAUAAUCAUCGUGUAAUGAAAUGGAAAGAAGGUGCAACACAAGGCAUUGAUGUAGCCGGUGGUCAACGACUAGAAAAUAGUCUUACACAAUUGGAAUAUCCUGACGGAGUCGUUGUCGAUCAAUUGGGUACUGUCUAUGUGGCUGAUUCUUGGAAUCAUCGAAUCAUGCGUUGGCCAAAAGGAGCCACACAAGGAAGUGUCAUUAUUGGUGGAAACGGUAAAGGAGCACAGUCGAAUCAACUCGCUUAUCCAGCAGGUUUAUCAUUCGAUCGACAUGGCAAUCUUUAUGUCGUCGAUUACGAUAAUCAUCGAGUACAAAAAUUUAAUAUCGAACAAACUCAAUAA